AUGGACAGUUCUGACUCAUCAACGGCCAACAAGUUUGUUCCAGAAUAUAGACGUACCAAUUUCAAAAAUAAAAGUAGGUUUUCCGCUGAUGAAUUACGUCGUAGAAGAGACAACCAACAGGUCGAAUUGAGAAAGGCUAAAAGAGAAGAAGCCCUAGCCAAGAGAAGAAAUUUCGUUCCUCCAGCUAGUGGUGCUACAGAAUCCGAUUCAGAAGAUGAGGAUGCCAUCAACGCCGAUCAACAAUUCUAUAACCAACUACAACAGGAAUUGCCUGCAAUGAUUCAACAAAUUCAGUCUAAUGAUUUCCAAGAACAAUUGGCUGCCACCGUUAAAUUUAGACAAAUUUUAUCUAGAGAACAUCAUCCUCCUAUCGAUGUUGUCAUUCAAUCUGGUGUUGUACCAACUCUAGUCAACUUCAUGAAUGAAAAUCAACCAGAAAUGUUACAAUUAGAAGCCGCAUGGGCUCUUACAAAUAUUGCAUCAGGUUCUUCUGAUCAAACUAAAAUAGUCGUUGAAGCAGGCGCUGUACCAUUAUUCAUUCAAUUACUAUAUACAGGUUCCGUAGAAGUUCAAGAACAAGCUAUUUGGGCUUUAGGUAAUGUUGCAGGUGAUUCCACAGAUUAUAGAGACUAUGUCUUAAGUUGUGGUGCUAUGGAACCAAUUUUAAAUCUAUUCAAUUCUUCAAAAACUUCUUUAAUUAGAACUGCUACUUGGACACUAUCGAAUCUAUGUAGAGGUAAGAAACCUCAACCAGAUUGGAACGUUGUGUCUAAGGCAUUACCAACAUUAGCUAAGCUUAUUUAUUCUUUGGAUACCGAAACGUUAGUUGACGCAUGUUGGGCAAUCUCAUAUUUAUCUGAUGGUCCACAAGAAGCUAUUCAAGCUGUCAUCGACGUUAGAAUUCCAAAAAGACUGGUAGAAUUAUUAGAUCACACUUCCACAAUGGUCCAAACCCCAGCUUUAAGAGCUGUUGGUAAUAUUGUCACAGGUAAUGAUUUACAAACACAAGUAGUCAUCAACUGUGGUGUCUUAGGAGCUUUAAGAAAUUUGUUAAGUUCACCAAAGGAUUCCAUCAAGAAAGAAGCAUGUUGGACAAUUUCAAACAUAACUGCAGGUAAUACUGAACAAAUUCAAGCAGUCAUUGACUCCAAUCUUGUUCCGUCAUUAAUUAAAUUAUUAGCAAAUGCUGAUUAUAAAACUAAGAAGGAAGCUUGUUGGGCAAUUUCAAAUGCAUCCUCAGGUGGGUUACAUAGACCUGAAAUUAUCAGAUAUUUAGUCGCACAAGGCUGUGUAAAGCCUUUGUGUGAUUUAUUAGAAAUUGCAGAUAAUAGAAUUAUUGAAGUUUCAUUAGAUGCUUUAGAGAAUAUUUUAAAGAUGGGUGAAUCAGAUAAAGAAAAACGUGGUCUAAAUAUUAAUGAAAAUGCAGAUAUUAUUGAAAAGGCAGGUGGUAUGGAAAAAAUUUUCAACUGUCAACAAAAUGAAAAUGAUAAAAUUUACGAAAAGGCUUACAAUUUAAUCGAAACUUAUUUUGGUGAAGAAGACGACGCAAUCGAUGAAAGUAUGGCUCCUCAAGCUUCCGGUAACACUUUCGGUUUCGGUUCAACCGUAAACCAACAAUUCAAUUUCAAUUGA